AUGACAAUAAAAAAGUCCAACUCCAACGGCUUCUCUUUUCAUUUUCAUUUCCCUCUCUCCCCAUUUUCCCAAACAUUCCUAAAAAAUUCCACCUUUUUCUUACCAACACUCAACAUUUACCAAUACAACAACAGUACCCUUCUCUUUUUUGCUUCCCAUUCAAAUAAUUUUAAAUUUUUUAGUUUGUGCUUAAACCCCUAAAAUGCAGACGGAGGUCAGCGAUUCACGUUUCAAAAUGGGGGAACUGGCGAGUGAGCAUUUGAGAGCUGAGAUUGACACGUCGGCGCCUUUCGAGUCUGUGAAGGAGGCCGUUAGCCGGUUUGGUGGCAUUGGUUACUGGAAACCCUCUCACCAAAAUAAUAAUAAUCACAAGCAUUCUGAAAACGAGGAUGACAUGGAAGAGGUUGACAUUUCUAAAUUAGAGGAUGAGGCGGCACGGCUGGAGAAAGAUCUUAUCUUGAAGGAACGGGAAACUCUGGAUGUUCUGAAAGAGUUAGAAUCGACGAAAAACAUUGUUGAAGAGCUUAAGUUAAGGCUACAGAAACAGGCAUCUGAAGUUAAUCUGACCCUGGAGCCGACUGCUGACGAUAGAAAUGCAAGUCGUGCUUUAGAAGAAGAAAAGAAGGAUAACCAUAACCAUGUUAUUCUUGCUGACCUUGAUCAAAAUCUGACUGGAGGUUUGGACACAUGUCCUUCAUCUUCGCCUGGUUUAAUUCUAAUGGAACUGAAGCAGGCAAAGCUGAACCUUUCUAGGACUACUAAUGAUCUGUCUGAUAUACGUAAUUCAGUUGAAUUUCUGAAUAAGAAACUAGAGAAAGAAAGAACCUCCCUUGAAAAAACCCGUGAGAGGUUAACUCUGAGCACAUCGAAGAUUUCAUCUCUUGAGGAAGAGCUAGACAAAACAAAAGUACAACUUCACGGGGCAAAAGAUUCAGGCGCUAAAGGUGAUUCUACUAAUAAUUUCGACUUAACUAGGGAGCUACAGCGACUGAGUUCUGAGACAGAGAACUUCAAGAAAAUGGGAGAAGCUGCGCAAUUGGAAGUUUUGAAAGCUAUAUCUGAGAUUGAACAAACAAAAAGUAAGAUAAAAACAGCUGAGAUCAGGUUGGUUGCUGCUAGAAAAAUGAAGCAAGCAGCUAGAGCAGCGGAAGCUGUUGCACUUGCAGAUAUCAAGGCUAUGUCGAGCCAUACGAACUCAUCCGGAGACUCCUCGCAGAAAGCUGAUGGAGUGACUCUUACUUUUGAAGAGUAUUCAUCCCUAACCUCCAAAGCUCGAGAAGCUGAGGCGCAAUCCAAGACUAAGGUUAUAGACGCUAUGCUUCAGGUCGAUGAAGCAAAUGUUUCUAGAAUGGAAAUUCUAAAGAAGGUAGAGGAAGCUACAGAGGAAAUCAAAACCAGUAAGAAGACGCUGGAAGAGGCGCUGAACAGAGUAGAGGCCGCAAAUAAGGGAAAGCUAGCUGUUGAAGAAGCUCUCCGCAAGUGGCGGUCAGAGCAUGGGCAGAAAAGACGUUCUGUCCACAACAAUACCAAGUUUAAGAACUCGUCAUACCCGUCUCACCAUCGGAAGGAUUCACGUUUAAUCGACGUAAAUGGACUGAACCUAGUAAGUGAUGGACCGACACCUGUGUUGAAGCCAACCCUCUCGAUAGGCCAAAUACUGAGCAGGAAGCUGCAUUCACCUGAAGAGCUCGAGUCAGGAAUGCUGUCAGGGAAAAGCAACACGAAAAGAAAGGUCUCGCUAGGUCAAAUGCUGAGUAAACCAAACGCUAUUAUACUAUCUAAUCGCAACGAUGAGAAAGAAAAUGCUCAGAAGGUGUUUUCCGGAAAGAGGAAGAAGUUUGGAUUUGCUCGAUUCUCGCUGCUUCUGACGAAGCAGAGUAGGAAAAAGAAGAAGCCAACUCUAAACUUGAGGUAAUGCCGCAGCUGGCGGUAUCUGUUAUGUUAAUCAGUGCUAACUUAUGAAUUUAUUCUGGCUGACCAUUAUGGAAGGCUCAUAUUCCUGUUUGUGCUAGUGUUCAUAGUUUAUGAAUUUAAAUGUUUAUGUUGAACUAUGUUUAUGGUAUCUUGCAUCUUUUUCUCAACCUCCAGAUAGGGUGAUGAAAUUGCAGGCAACACUGACUAUUGAGCUUUGACCUGAAUGUAUGGUGGAUUCCUUGUAAAAUAUGUCAUUUGUUAUGAAUUCUAUUUAUCUUA